AUGGCCUUCCUGGGUGAGAGGUUACGCCUUAUCGAGAACUUGGGCCUAGAUGACCUGGACUUUGAUAAACUGGUUAAAUGUCAUCAAACGGCAAAUCACGCAAACCAAAUGAGAUACAUACCAGUGUCAACUACACCACAACCACUACUAUUAGCACCGGUAGCUCAAUACCAGUGCCCACAGCAUCAGUCAUACCCGCGAAUAUUUCGCACAAACAAACACUGGGACGAUGUGUUCAGAUCAGUUAGCAAACAAUACGGACCGGUAUUCACGGUAUGGUUGGGAACUGUACCCAAUGUGUUCGUAACGGACAUAGAGCUCGCUCGGGAGGCUUUCCGCAAGAAUGACUUCUCGGGAAGAGUUACCUCUUAUCUUGGGAGUCACUUCUCAAAUGACAAAUAUAAAGACGUGGUGUUCACCGAUUACGGACAUACCUGGGAAGCACUCAGAAGGGUGGCCCACUCGGCCGUACUAAAGUACUCAACAAAUGACAAACUCGUGUAUUUGGCCAAAGAUUGUGUCCAACAAACUGUCAAAACUAUGUUAGAAAAUGAAGGACUGGACAAACCAUUUGUUAUAAAGGAUUACAUUUGUCUUAUGUUUCUCAGCAUAUUAGCCACCAGUGCAUUUAGUACAAGUAUGGAUGAUACAGAAUUCAAAAUGUUAAAAUACAUAUUAAUAGACGUACAUCGUGAGGUGGGUGCCAGGCUCAUUUUAUGGGAAUUCUCGCCAUUGAUUAGACUAUUGGACAGAAAUGAAGUAGAAAAACACAACAAAGUGAUGGAAAACUUGGUUUUAAUGAUAAGAAAUAAAUUCAAAUCUCAUUACUCGGACUACUCGGCGGCUAUUGAGAGAGACUUUUGUGAUGCACUCAUAAGUGCUAAGAAUGAGGCCCUCAGGGGUCACAAGGAAUCGUCCCCUUAUUUGACUGACGAUAACCUGGCGAUGGCUGUGUUUGACCUCUUCAUUGCCGGCUCUGAAUCCUCGGAAAACUCCUUUCAAUGGAUGCUUCUUCUAAUGACAUACUAUCCGGAAGUCCAGAAAAAGUUGAGACAAGAGAUUGAGACACAAAUCGGAGACCGAAUGCCAACACAUGAGGACAGGAAUCGAUGCCAUUAUGUCAUGGCUUUCAUCGCUGAGACCCUGAGGUUCAGGAAUAUGAUGCCCACCGGUCUGUACCACAAGGCUGUGGUCACCAGUAAAAUAGGAAAAUAUACAAUUCCUGAAGGUAUGGCAGUUUUUGUGCAUCAGGGCAUCAUCUGUCGUAAUGAUAAGGAUUGGGCCAAAGGUAAUGAGUUCAUACCCGAGAGGUUUCUGGACAGUGAGGGACAGUACAUGACUACCCGUCCAAAGGCGUACAUCCCGUUCGGUGUCGGACGACGUGUUUGUUUGGGCGAGAAGUUAGCCAUCGCUGACCUCUUCCUGGUUUUGGUCACAUUUUUACAGUCGACUCAAGACUACGAUAUGGUGUCAGAGAGCAGUACGGGUAUCGCUGCCGACCCUAACAUUUCCAUAUCAUUUAGGCUGUCAUGUGAUGGACGACUCGGAUCCGUUGGGAAUCUGAGUGACAAACGCCUCGCACAGGGAUCGGGUGCUUAUGGCGACUAA